GGUAUGAUCUUGCGCGUAAAUUUAUGAAACGUUUGUUAGUUAAAGCACGUGCGCGUUUGUAUCAUUUGAGAACGCCACCAAAAAGUAUUUGAAUUUGAAUUUGAAUUAAUUUCAAACCGUUGUUUAAAGCGUCUAUAAAUACCAAGUGAUUUGGAAGAUGUUUAUCARUUUGUUUUAAGUGGAGUACUAUCAAGACAUGGAUUAUUAAAUAACAAGUGUAAAAGUGUAAAGAGAUMUUAAAUAAAAACUAAUAAAAUGUCUGAUAGUAUUAAAGUUGCCAUCAAGGUUAGACCCUUGAUUAAAAGAGAGAAAGAAGAAAAUCUCCSAAAACAAUGGAUAGUAAAAGGAAAUUAUAUAGCGUCUACGGAUCAAGAGAUGAAAAAACGUGGAGACGGAGGAUUUAAUUUUGAUCAUAUUUUUGAUGAAUCGACUUCAAAUAAAGAUGUAUUUGAUACCGUUGUAAAACCUAUYGUCGAUGCAGCAGUAAAUGGUUUUAAUGGAACAGUUAUUGCAUAUGGUCAAACAAGUUCUGGAAAGACGUAUACUAUGAUGGGAGGUUUAAAUGAACCUGGAAUUAUAUUGUUAGCUAUUGAACACAUGUUUGAUGCUAUUGCUAAUACAUUGAGAAGGGAAUUUUUAUUAAGAGUAUCAUAUCUUGAAAUUUAUAAUGAAAAAGUUAAUGAUCUCUUAAAUAAAAGUACAGCCGAUUUAAAAUUGCACGAGGAUAAUGGACAAAUAGUUAUAAAAUGUAAAGAAGAAGUAACCAACAGCCCUGAACAUGUUUUAUCGAUAAUGAAAAAAGGAAACAAGAAUAGGAGAAUAGGAGAAACUGAUAUGAAUGAACGUAGUAGUAGAAGCCAUACAAUAUUUCGCAUUACUAUAGAAAGCCGGAAAACUGAUGCAGAAUCAGAUGGAGCAAUACAAGUGUCUCAAUUAAAUUUAGCAGAUUUUGCUGGUUCGGAAAGAGCAAGUCAAACAGGUACUACUGGAGAACGUUUUAAAGAAGGUCGACUUAUCAAUAUGUCUCUUUCUGCAUUUGGAUUAGUGAUAAAGCAAUUAAGUGAAUCCCAAGAUACACAAAAACAUGUUAAUUUUCGAGAUAGUAAAUUAACGAGAUUGCUACAAAAUUCAAUAGGUGGAAAUGCUAAGACGGCAAUGAUAUGCACUAUAACACCUGCCGCAUUAGAAGAGUCUCACUAUACAUUAUCAUUUGCGUCGCGUGCCAAGAAGGUCGAAAAUAAACCACAGAUUAAUGAAGUUAUGUCUGAUGCGACUCUUUUAAAGCGUUAUGCCAAACAAAUAUCCAAACUCAACUGUGAGCUAGAGAAAAUUAAAAAAGAAACAACUGAAGAAAUGGAAAACAGAUUGCACGAAAAAGAUCGUAUUAAUCAACUUCUGGAAGAACGAAUUGAAUUAUUACAGACCAAAAUUGUAUCUGGGAAUAAUGCAAAUAUUGAAGACUCGUCGUUUGGGUGUAGAUCUAAAAGAAGAAGAACUUGGGCAGGACCUACAUUUAAACAAAAUGUAUCAACUUUUCAACCGUGCCAAGGCUUACCCACGAUAAAAGAAAUGUCACCGGUAAAGCCUAGUAGAAAAAGUAUUAUUCAAACUGUCAACUUAAUGGAUCAAUCAUUCCAAAUAGCUUUCACGGAUUUUGAGUUAGAAUUAAUUAAUGAUGAAAAAGAUAGAGAAGAUGAUGAUGAUUCCAUCGAUAGCCUCAAAGACGUGUUUAUUACAAAAGAUAGACAUAAACAUCGUGUAACAUUCAUGGACGAUAUGAGCAUUUAUAAACCAAAUUAUGAUAUUUAUGAGAGUACAUCUAUAAAAAAAGAUACAUCAUAUCAGACAAACGAUAUUGAAGAAGAUCAGUCUCAUACACCGAAAAAAGUUUUACGCGAAAGAAUAACAUAUUUAGAACAAGAAUUUAAUAAACUUUGUGAAUUCACAACAUUAGAAAAACAAGUGUAUAUUGAGGAUCAUCAAUGUUAUUCCGCUGAUGAAAAAGAAGUCAAGAUAGAGCAAAAUUCAGAUCUGCAAGAACAAAUAAUUAAUGUUACAACAGAAAAUAAUUUAUUAAAAAAUAUAAUAUCAGAAGUAUUAAAAUAUGCCACAAGUACUACCAAUAUAAAUACAGAAAGCAUACAAAUAAAUUUAUUGGAUGACACAUCGCAUAUUCUAAAUGAAUCAACUUUGGACAUACCUUUUAAAGAUAUUGAAGUUAAACAUAUAUUAACUAAGUUACAAAAUAAAAUAACGAAAAGUAUAAAACAACAUGAGAUACGAAAUUUAGAAAAAAUCUUUGAAUUAGACAUUCAAAUGUCACAUCUUAAAUCAGAGAAUAGAGAAUUAAAAGAACAAAUAAUUUCCCUGAAAGAAGAGAUGGAUGAACAAAUUGAAAAAGAAAAAAUUUAUGAAAAUGAGUUUGAACAGAAUUUGAGUUACAAAGAAAACCCAUUAAGUUUAACAUCUGAUAUUAAAGAAGAAUCUUCAGUAAAAAAGGAAUCCUUGUCAAUUGGUAUUGGAGAAAGUAUUGAAUUUGAAAAGAGUCUAAGCAAAUCAAAAAAGAUAGAAAGUAUAUUAGAACAGGGAAAACUAUUAAUAGAAUUCUCACCUAUAAAACCUCGAAAAUCAUUAGAGCAAUUAAAUUCAAAUAAUAAAAUAUGUGAAAUGUCACCUUUUUUGAUUAAGGAAAUAUUAAAUGACAGCAGUCCUAAGACAGCAGCUGAUGUAAAAUUGUCUGUCGAUAUGCAACGAAAAAAAUCAAUUUUGGAAGAAAAGGAAAAUAUAAUUGUUGAGAUGAACGAAGAAUACAAGAACGUUUCUAUUGAUGAACAAACUGAUAAUUUUGAUUUCGAAAAUCUUUUGGUUAAAUUACAUAAUCAUUUGGAUAAUAUAGAAAAAUGUGAAAUUUUGAAAUCGCGUCAGUUGAAUGGGAUAUUUGUACCGCAAGAUCAAGAAUUGCAAUAUGUUAUAAGCGAAUUAAAUAAACAAAAAAUAGAAACCGAUUACAAUCAUAUAACAACUUUCAUUAACGAAAGUAUUCAUUUAAAAAGCCUGUUACAUGAUUUGGAUACAUUUAUUAACUCUAUUAUGACAAAAAAUAAUAAAAUGAAAGAACAUUUGGAAAAACAGUUAAUCUUUUUGACUGAAAGUUUUAACGAUAAUGUUGAUAACGAAGAACUUGUAGCAGACCUAGAUGAGAAAACUCAAGAAUUAAGUGAAAUUAAAAGCGACGUGGUAGGGCUUAAAUUAGAUAUGAAAAAGUUACAAAGAACUAUGUUCCUUUUGACGGCAGAAAAUGAAGAAUUAUCUGCUAAACUAAACGCAGAAAAAAUAAGUAAAGCUGACUGCUUGAAAAUGAUAGAUGAUUUACACGAGCAAAAUUCCAAAAUGAAAAAUGAAAAUAAGGAUAUGUUAAAUGAAAUCCGUAUUCUUAAUGAACAAAUUAAAUGUUUCCAAUCAGAGGAAGAAGAUAUGAAGGAAGACAAAUGUUGUCUUAAUUAUCAGGAUAGAAUAAAUAAGUCGAUAUCAAAUAUUGAAUUAUCAAAUGUGGAUAAAGAAAAACAUGUAAACGUAGACUGCAAGAAUACCGAACUAAUUGAUUUGGUCACUGAUAUCAAUGAACCUAUAAAAAAUACAGAAAGAAGUAUGAAAGAUGAUACUUCAUUUGCAGAUUAUUCUUCAAAAAAUAAUAUCGAAAGAAAUGAAAAUAGCAUGGAACAAUUAGCAUUUAAUAAUAGUCUGUUAAAAUCUGAAUUUAUGAAAUUAAAAGAGAAAGUAACAUUGUUAACAGAGGAAAAUACAAUAUUUCUUAAAAAAUCUUUGGAAACUUUAGAAGGCAGUGUUCAAGAUUAUACAUGUAAUACAUUUAAUGAUGCAAGUAAAGAAGCGAAAGAUGAAAAGUUGGAUAUUUUAUUUAAAAAAUGUACCACUUUGAAAGAGACAAUGGAUUAUCUUUUAGAAUUGAAUACAAAAUUAGCUGAUUUGAAAAUAAUUUUAUGUAGUCGAUGCGUUGAAAUGAAAGAAUUAAAUGAAAAUAAAAAGGAUAUAAAAUUAAAAACAAAAAUGUUAACCGUCAAAUUAGAGAAUUUGCAAGAAAAUUUCAAUCGCAAGUGCGCAGACAUUGAGGUACUCAAAAAUAAAGCUAAUGAAGAUUCAUUUUUAAAUAUCUCUGAAGCAUCUUUCGAUGGAUCUUUGUUGGAUGGAAUAAAUGUAACUUCUGUGGAAGAGGAAGUUUCUCUUUUAAAUAAAGAAAUGCAAAUACUACAGGACGAUCAUGUCAAAUUAUCAUAUUUGUAUAAAGAAAAAUGUAACGAAACUGAAAGGCUUCGCAAUGCUAUUACAACCGAAACAAAUGUCGUGUCUCCAUUAAAAAAAGAUGCCAAAAGAGGCAAAUCUAAAAUUGAUAAAUUACAGAAGGAUAUCGAUUAUUGUAAAAUUGACUUACAAGAAUUAAAGAAUAACAUUAUAUGUGAUCUUAAAAAAUCUUUAAAUGAAAUAAGUACGUUACAAUCUGAAAACGAUGAAUUAUCCAAAAUAAUAUCAAAUAAUAACUUAUUAUUGGAAGCAAGUGAGGAAAAUGCCAAAUUAUUUGAAAAUGAAAUUACGAAUAUAAAAGCAAAUAUAGAAGAAAAAGAAGCCAUUAUAAAUGAUCUGCACAGAAUAAUCGAUGAAUGUAAAGAGGAAAAUGACAGUUUAAAAAGCAAAUUAUUCAGCUUGGAAAAUGUUGAAGAAAGCAUUGGCGUAAGUCAAAUUUAUGAAGAUAAGUAUGAAACAGAAAAUAUGUCGAGCAAUGAAAAUGAUAAACUUAAGGAUGAUUUAAAUUCCGCGAAAGCUUGCAUUAUUAACGAAAUGAAAUGCUUAAAACCUAUUGAAGAUAGUCAAGAUUACUUCGAUAAAUCUAUAAACAGUCUUUUAUCUAUGUUCUUAGAAAUGAUUACUUCGAAAGAAGAGGAAGUAAUUAAUGCCAUACAGGAACAAUUUUCUAUCAAUAGAGAAAAAUUUGAGAACGAAAGACAAGAAAGUAUAAAUGCUGAGAAAUGUAUUAGAUUAAGGGCGRAACAACUAGRAAUGGAAAUAGAAACAUUAAAAAAUAAUAUUACAAUACAAGAAACGAAACAUUAUGAAUUACUUAGUGAAAUUUCUCGUAUGGAACAUUCAUUAAAAGAAAAUAACAAUGAAAAAGAGAUACUUAUGAAACAAAUUCAAUCACUUGAAAUGGAUUAUAAUAAUAUGCAAAAAGAAUUUAAUAAACAGUCUGAAAUAAAAAUACAACAAAAGGAAAUGGAUAUAAAUAAAAAAGAAGAAAUAUUAACGGAAAAAGUUGUGAACGAGGUUGAAUUGGAAAUAGAAACGAUACGAAUCAGAAAAGAAUAUCAAGAAAAAAUAGAUAAUUUGGUUUCCACUUUGGAAAUGUAUAAAAUAAAAAAUGAAGAAUUAAUGAAAAAUUUAGAAAGUUUUGAAAGCAAUGAAAAAGAUUUAAAGAAUAUCCUUAACAUGAGAACAGAUGAAUUAACUAAGAGUAAUAAGAAUUCCGAAAAAAUAAGAAAUGACAUUGAACAUCUUACGAAUAUCAAUAAUGAAUUAAAUCGUGAGAUGAAAAAUAAAAAUGCAUCUAUUGCUAAACUUUCUACCGAAAUAAAAGAUCUAGUUGAAUUAGUAGAAUCGUAUAAAAGAGAAAAUAUGAAGUUGAUUGAGAAAUUAGAAAGAUUGAAAAUAAAUGAAACAAAUUUAAAUGUUAUGCUCAGUAAGAAAAUGGAUGAAUUUGUGGAGAAUAAUAAAUAUAUAGAAAAAAUGAAAACCGAGGCGGAACAUCUAGCGAAGACUUGUAACAAACUGAAUUACGAAAUUGAAAAUAAAGAUGCACGCAUUUUAGAAGUUACCAAUCUGUUACAAAACAAAUCUGACAUGUUAUACGAAUAUAAAAUAAAGUUAGAAAGCAUUACACCGGAAUAUGAUGUUUUAAAGAAACAACUUGAAGAAGAAAAAUUAAGCAUACAUAGAUAUAAAUCAGAAUUGGAAAGUUUGAAAGUAAACAGUGAAACGCAUUUGGAAAAUUUGAAGGAAACAUUAAAUAUAAAAAUUACUAAAUAUGAAGAACUAAAUAAACAGUUUACAGAUUUGAGCAGUCAAAAUGUUAUUCUACUUACAGAAUUAAAUUCAUUGAGAAAACAAUAUACUGAAUUAGAGGAAAAAAAUACGAAAUUGGAACAAAAACUUAGAAAUAGUAAUAGUAGAAUUAAAUUAGAAACGGACAUGGAAGAGUUGCUCGAACAGAAUAAAGCUUUGCAAAAUAAUUUAGACGGGGCUUAUAAUUGUAUAGCAGAAUUGAAGGAUAAGAAAAAACAUUUAUUGAAAGAAUAUUUAAGUACAAAGGAACGAUAUGAAUCUUUGCUGGAAGAAAAUAAAAAAAUGAUAGAAUUAUUGUCGGAUAAAGAAACAGAUUUAAAAUAUAUAAAUCAUCAAUGUGAAGAAUUGAAAGGAAAAAAUCAAGAAUUAGAAGAAGAAAAUAAAACAUUGAAAAAGAAUAAUCAAGACUUAGACGAAGAAAUAGAGCAAGUAAUACGAGAAAACGAUGUCUUGACGGAAAAGGUAUAUUCAUAUUUUGGUGAUGAUAAUCCUGAAAAAUUGAAGGCUGAAAUAAAUACCUUAAAGGAAGAAAACCAAAACUUACGAGACAAAAUUACAAAAUGCACUAGAUGUGGAAUACUUCAACCAAAAGAUCAGUUAAAAUUUAACGUCGAAUCUGGUAUAAGCGAAGAGAAUAAUAAUGAUAAACUUGUAAAUUUGAGGAGACAAAUAAAAGAGCUAGAACUUGAAUUGGUAUCUAAAAAUGGUAGGAUUGCUGCGUUACAAUUACAAGUACAAGGAGAAAGUUUUCCAUAUCAGGAGAAGUGUAAAGACUUGGAAGAAAAUGUUUUGGCUUUUAAAAAUAAGAACAUUCAACUCGAAGGCGAAAUAAAGAAACUUAGAUGUGCUAUGAUUGACAUUAAUAUGAAAGAAUGUUACAUGUGCAAAAAUCAACAUACCAAUAUGAAAAAUCAAUACGUUCAAACUAUAUCAAGCAGUAAGAUACAGUUUUGUGGAACUAGUAGCGGUAUUGUUGAGAAACAUGUACAAAUAGAAAAAUUAGAAAAAGAAAAAGCUUUUAUGAAACAAUUGUGUCGCUCUCGGUGUAAGAGAAUAAAAGAACUCGAAAGGAAAUUAAUGCAAUUCCAAAAUACUGAAGAUUUACCUGUAAAAACGAGCGUUGAUCCUGAGGAUAUGUCCUAAAAAUUAUGAAAAAUUAUGAACAAAAAAUGUUUCUAAAGCAUCAUCGUUAUAUAAUGUAAAAUUUUGUCUGCAUUUUAAGUAUUUUAUAAAUUAUACAAAUUAUUUUUGCUUUUUGCAAAAUCAUAUGUGUGUGUAUAUAUGAAAGUAUUAUUGUAAAUAAUUAUUUUUAUCUACUGACAAGAUGUUAUGAAGAAUGGUUUUUGUAAUUAGAGAUUAUAAUGGUAUUAUUAUUAGAUUUAUGUAUUAUCUAUAAGCACUCUUGUAUUUUUAAGGAUUCUCCAAUGAUAAUAAUAAUAAUAAUGUAAAUUUAAUAAAUACAUAUUUUGAGGUAGAAAUUAA